GGAGAAAACCGAAGCCUGGAGGGGUUAAGUUACCGGCCCACUGGUACAGAGCUAGAGUGGCAGAGCCAGAGUUCGAAUCCCGCGAGCUCCACCCGCCUUCCAGAUGGGAGAUAACUAAAAAAAUGAAGACAAUGAAAAUCCAAGUAGGUAGACAAUUCUAGCUGGAUCCUGCGCCCGCCUUAUUGUGAGGCCUGCGCUGUUUGGAGUUAAAGGGAAAAGAGCGGCUCGUGGAGAGCAGGCUCGCGCUGAGACGACGAAACCCUGCAGACCGAAGGGACUGCUAAGGGGGAACGGGCCGGGUCGACUUAGCCAUGCGCCCUCGCCCGAUGCCUCGGUCCUCGCCCAUGGGCUCCGGGCACCUGCGGGAAGGGCGGGGAAUCGCGGCUCCUUCCCCGCCGCGCCCUCUCCGCCCUCUCCCCGCCUCCUUCCCGGGCGUCCCGAAGCUGCCCCCCACCCGACGGCCUCGACCCCACAGGCCGCGCCACCCCAGGGCCGAGGUUCCCCGACGGGGGAAAGGCCCGCAGGUCCGCGACAACGAAAGUUAGGCGGGAGACGCCUCCGGCCGGGCCGUGGCCCCUCGGGCUUCCGGGAAGCUCGGUGCGCGGGUGGCACCACCGUGCCCUGAGCCGCCGCCGCGUCCCGGGCAUCCCCAACCCGUGGCGAGAGCAGCGGAGGCUACGCGGGGACCCAGGCCUCUGAGUGCCAGUGGUGGUGUUGUCCCUUGUCAUCUGGAACCCUAUGCAGCCGGAACCCAGGCCUAGCGGGGCUGGGGCCCACACUCAUUUCCUGCCCCUGAGUUCACAGCGCCCCGAGGGGGCAGGGGACACGGUGAUGUACGCCUCCACCGAGUGCAAGGCCGAGGUGACGCCCUCCCAGCAUGGCAACCGCACCUUUAGCUACACGCUGGAGGACCACACGAAGCAGGCCUUUGGCAUCAUGAACGAACUGCGGCUCAGCCAGCAGCUAUGUGAUGUCACGCUGCAGGUCAAGUAUGAGGAUGCACCAGCUGCCCAGUUCAUGGCCCACAAGGUGGUGCUGGCCUCAUCCAGCCCCGUCUUCAAGGCCAUGUUCACCAACGGGCUGCGGGAGCAAGGCAUGGAGGUGGUGUCCAUUGAGGGCAUCCACCCCAAGGUCAUGGAGCGCCUCAUCGAGUUUGCCUACACAGCCUCCAUCUCCAUGGGUGAGAAGUGCGUGCUCCACGUCAUGAAUGGCGCCGUCAUGUACCAGAUCGACAGCGUCGUCCGUGCCUGCAGCGACUUCCUGGUGCAGCAGCUGGACCCCAGCAAUGCCAUUGGCAUUGCCAACUUCGCCGAGCAGAUUGGCUGUGCUGAGCUGCACCAGCGUGCCCGGGAGUACAUCUACAUGCACUUUGGGGAGGUGGCCAAGCAAGAGGAGUUCUUCAACCUGUCCCACUGCCAGCUGGUGACCCUCAUCAGUCGGGACGACCUGAAUGUGCGCUGCGAGUCCGAGGUCUUCCAUGCCUGUAUCAACUGGGUCAAGUACGACUGCGAGCAGCGGCGCUUCUACGUGCAGGCGCUGCUGCGGGCUGUGCGCUGCCACUCGCUCACGCCCCACUUCCUGCAGAUGCAGCUGCAGAAGUGCGAGAUCCUGCAGUCAGACUCCCGCUGCAAGGACUACCUGGCCAAGAUCUUCCAGGAGCUCACCCUGCACAAGCCCACGCAGAUGAUGCCCUGCCGGGCCCCCAAGGUGGGCCGGCUUAUCUACACUGCCGGCGGCUACUUCCGCCAGUCACUCAGCUACCUGGAGGCCUACAACCCCAGUGAUGGCACCUGGCUCCGGCUGGCGGACCUGCAGGUGCCGCGCAGCGGCCUGGCGGGCUGUGUGGUGGGCGGGCUGCUGUAUGCCGUGGGUGGCCGGAACAAUUCACCAGACGGCAACACCGACUCCAACGCCCUGGACUGCUACAACCCCAUGACCAACCAGUGGUCGCCCUGCGCUUCCAUGAGCGUACCACGAAACCGAAUCGGGGUCGGCGUCAUCGAUGGGCACAUCUACGCCGUGGGCGGCUCCCACGGCUGCAUCCACCACAACAGUGUGGAGAGAUAUGAGCCGGAGCGGGAUGAGUGGCACUUGGUGGCCCCAAUGCUGACUCGAAGGAUCGGGGUGGGAGUGGCUGUCCUCAACCGUCUGCUCUACGCGGUUGGUGGCUUCGACGGGACGAACCGCCUCAACUCAGCCGAGUGUUACUACCCAGAGAGAAACGAGUGGCGAAUGAUCACACCCAUGAACACCAUCCGAAGUGGGGCAGGAGUCUGUGUCCUGCACAACUGCAUCUAUGCUGCGGGGGGCUACGAUGGCCAGGACCAGCUGAACAGUGUGGAACGCUAUGACGUGGAGACAGAAAUGUGGACUUUCGUAGCCCCUAUGAAGCAUCGGCGAAGUGCCCUGGGAAUUACUGUGCACCAGGGAAAAAUCUACGUGCUCGGAGGCUAUGAUGGUCACACAUUCUUGGACAGCGUGGAGAGUUACGACCCAGACACAGACACCUGGAAUGAGGUGACCCGCAUGACAUCUGGCCGGAGCGGGGUCGGCGUCGCCGUCACCAUGGAACCCUGCCGGAAGCAGAUCGACCAGCAGAACUGUACCUGCUGAGCCACUUUUGUUUCUUGGGUGAAAAAAAAAAAAGAAAUCCGAUCAAGAAUAUUGUCACUUUUGUACAAAAACAGGGACAAAAGAAAAGGCUACCGAGCAAAUGCUUGUUCUCCAGGAUGGGAGGCUAGGAUGCCUCAGUGUUAAAAUGACAACUCGAAAGAAAAGGAGGCCAGAGUUGGGAACCCAUGAGCCCUUCAGAGUAGUCCCAGGAAUGUCCAAGAGGGCCUGCCUGGGAGGUGGGUGCGGGAAGGGGGACUCCUGGGAGAGAAGCCCCCGCACCUGCUACCCUGAGGCUAGGCCUGGGUCCCACACCAGCAACCACCACCUCCCUUUGGGAUGAAAGCAGGAGCUGAGAACAGGCUGGUUUUUGUUCCCUGCCUCUUUGUGAUUGGUUCCUGGAGGCCUGGGAAGGAGCCAACUGAGGCCUCAGGGGCUGAAGCCCCUCCAGAGGUGUGGACCCGGGGAUGGGCCUGUACAUAGAAACCACUCGCUAUCGCUGCCCUGGACAGUCACUUUGUUGAUAAGUAACCCUGUAACUUUCCAAUGAAAAUAAAGAACAAACUAACUAGCGUCUUCCA